AUGACUAAACCCAAAUCAAAAAAACAAAAAACAUUUGAUACUAAAAAUGGAUUUGAUUUAUAUUCAUCUCAAUUUUUUUUAACAUAUUCACGAUGCUCUUUGACAAAGAAUCAAGUAUUAGAAGAAAUUAAGAAAAUAAUUAAACCCAAAAAAAUAGAUAAAAAAUAUUAUAUUUGCAAUUAUAUUAUUGCACUUGAAUAUCAUGAAGAUGGAUAUCCUCAUAUUUAUGUUUAUCUAAAAUUAGAUAAAAAAUUAUGUACAAGAAAAGAAACUUUUUUUGAUAUUAAAAUAGAUGAUAUUAUUUAUCAUCCAAAUAUUCAAGGUGUUCGUUCACCAAAACAAGUAGAAGAUUAUAUCUUAAAAAAUAGAGAUUAUAUUUCCAAAUAUAAAAUAGAUAAUCUUAAAAUUGCUCAAAAAGUUAUUGAACGAAAAAUCAAGGAAGGCAUAUAUAUAACAAGUUCAAUGAUUGCAAAAGAAUAUCCAAAAACUUUUGUAAUUUAUGGAAAACGUUUGCUUGAUUGGAAAAUUAAAAUUGAGGAAGAAUAUUAUAAACCACCUGGACAAGAAAUUCUAAUUAUCGAUGAAUUUACUGAAUCUCAAUUAUAUUUUUCAACAUUACUAAAAAUUUUAUCUGGUCAACAAAGACGUUUUGAUAUUAAAGAAGCUAAAGAAAUUAAUCGUGUUAAACAUAUGAUUAUUACAAGUAACAAAAAAUUAAAUGAUAUAUAUAAAAGUUUUGAAUAUAAUGAAGAACAGUUUGAUUGGCAAAUCAAUGCUAUUUGGCAUUAUAAAAAAUUAGAUACAGGAUUUUCAGAACGUAAAUGUGAAAAAAAUCCAUAUUUGAAACAAUUACAUCGUAAAUAUUUAAAGCAAAUUAAAUAUCAUAAUUUUUUUGAAGAAAAUUGGGACAUUAUUAAUAAUGAAUCUGUUAGUAAAAACAUUUUUCAUAAUCAAUAUAGUAAACUUCAAUAUGAUAUUUUAUUUCAAGGAGGAGAAUUAAAUGAUGAUGAUUUACCUACUGAAGAAAUA